AUGUCUUCGUAUUUUGAAGACCAGAUUCCUUCAUCAUCUCAGUUUCUGCCCCCGCAGUCUGCACAGCCCCGACAAUCAUUGUUUGGGGGUCCCAGCAGCGAUGUUGGUCCGUUGCCAUCUUCCCGGCUAGAGCCACCACCAAGUUCAAUAUUUGGUGGUCCUAGCAGCCAGGAUGUUACAGCAGAGCCUCUUUUCGAUGCAGAGCCCAUGUCCGAGGAUGAAGGCGACGAAGAUGACGAGGAUGAUGUGGAUGUGAUCAUGCGCGAAAGGCCCUUGGCGCUUGACUACGGCUCGGAAGGAGAAAGCUUCCAGGGCAGCGACAAAUCUGUGAACGAAACAGACCCCGCUGAACAGUCUGAAGACCAAUCCAAACAGCUGCCACCUCCACCUGCCAGACCGCUGCGUCCGCGGACCUACGUGCUAGACCGAGGCCUUGACCUGCCAUCAGGGGUUAACCGUCCGAAUCGAUGGACUGGUUCUUCAUCUACAUAUCACCGCGUGACCGCGGAUGAUCGAGGAGCUUACAAUGCGAUAUUGACUAAUCGUGCGAGGGACCUUACGGCUCAUCUCUACAAUGCCCAUGUGAUUCGCCAGCGGGCGCGGCAGAAUUCCCAAGGUCUCGGCGAAGUCAACGGGCAGGGGCAGAUGCCCAGGCUUUCUAAGGGAUGGGCAGCGUGGCCCAUGCCUGCUGUGCGGGUGCCCCGGGUCGAAGAAGCUGGUCGCACGGCGCUCGAGGACCCAGAGACAUUGCGGAUGCCAUCUGAUCUUCGCCCAAGCGCAGAAUUGGAAGAGCAGCUCAUUGCGCGCAUGCUGAAGGUUUCCAAAGAACGAUUUGCGGCACGAGAGUGGGAUCUGGACGAAGUGAGGAGCAGCCAGGUGAAAAAGACGAACAAUGCGGAUAAGAUGGUUGAUGAAAAAACCAAAGACGACACGUUGGACCUUGUUGAUGAAACACCGCUUCGACCCGUAAUUCAAACUGACGAUGACAUAUCCCGACCUCAACUACGACCCCUUGCCCGGAACGUCAUCUCUGAGUUGGACCGUCUGCUGGUAGCACUGCAUCGUUCGAUGAAGGGUCGGGUGUUUGAAUACGACGGCAGCGAAUCUGCCAGCGAUACAGAUGGUACAAGGUCCCUCUCUCGAUCAAGCCUCAACAGUGCCAGUCGAAGUCGCUCGCGUGGCCGAAAGCGCGUUCGCCGACACUCUCGUCACAAACCCACCUCGAGUCGCCGCUCGCGCAGCGUGCGCAUGUCGUCCGCAGCAGACACUCAGGAUGAGAGUCUACCAAAUGCAUCUCAGUCCCGUGGCCGAUCCCAAACCUCCCGAGGGAAGCAUGACAACAUCAAGUCAAAGCUUGCCCUCCGUGACUGGAGCGAGGCAAUGGGCCUGGCCUCGAUGAUGGACCUGCCUGUAGGCGCGGUCCAGCGAGCCUCGAAGCGCUGCGCCGACCUCUUCGGCCAGGAUAUGACAUUCCGCACAUUCCCCGAGGGCCAGAUCGAGCGAGUGCCCGGUCCCGGAUAUACCAAAUAUACUGCGCCCUCCGCCGACCUUCGCGCCUGGGAGUUUUUUUACGUCGAGAAUGAGGGUGAGAAUGAGAGCGAGACUGAAGUUGCGCCGUCGAGCCAACCCCCCAAAAUCCUGCGUCGCGUCGGCUCCAAGUCUCGCCAGAAACCUCAGUCUCGUCGGCCUCGCUCGCAUCCACCACCUCCAGAAGUGCUGGUGACCCAAGCGUCUCCCGAUAGCGGACCCACUAAACAGACUGAGCCCGCGCCAUCGGGCAGAGGAAAAGGCCCGCAUCGCAAACUAGACAUCGUGUGUCCUAUCAAGUCGUGUUAUCGACAUACGCAGGGGUUCUCACGGCGGUGGAAUCUCAAUCUACAUCUCAAACGAGUUCACCCGGGAUACACUCCACGGAAAACUUCUAACGAGCGAUCCCGUAGCGAGCCUGCCACUGCCAUUGAAAUCGACUAG